GGACAAGGCGCGGGAGUAGGGCGGGGCGAGGCGAGGCGGGGUAGCGGAUGCGAGUAUAUAACGAAGGCGUGGAUGAUGGUGGUCACUCAUUCUCUUGGUACAGAUCCAGGUGGCAGCAGUCCUCCCACACCAUAACCUGAACACAACCAUGCUCAGAUACGGCCUCCUGGUCCUGCUGGCGGCAAGCAGCGCUGUGCUGGCCCUGCCAGGUAAACCCAUUGAAUUCUACGCUCCCCCGCAGCAGACCAAGCAGAUCGACCAGUUCUAUGGACUUCCCAUCAAGGAGCCGCCUUGUGAGCCGCAGUACGUGGAUAAGCUGGUGACUGUGACUGAGACUGUUCCCUCCUACGUCACCACCACUGUCGAUAACUACGUCACGGUCACAGAAACCCAGCAGGUCACCGACUACCAGACCGUCGUAUCCACCGUGAUAGAGCCCUCCUACAUCACGGAAACCAUUUAUUCCACCGUGGUCGACGUUGUCUACAGCACUGAUUACGUGACCACAACCCAGGUGGUGACCGACACUGUCUACUCCACUGAGAUUCAAUACGAGACCGUGGUGAGCACCGUGGUGGAGCCUUCCUACAUCACCGAGACCACCUACUCCACAAUCCACAACACUCACUACUCCACUGUCUCCGUCACCGAGACCAGUUACCUCACUGACACCGUCUACUCCACCGAGGUCCAGGUGCAGACAACCUCCCUGUACUUCACUGAGGUGGAGACCGUGUACUCCACUGAAUUUUCCACCAUCACCUCCUACGUCACCACCACCCUGAAGAUCGAGAUCCCGCAAACCACUAAGGGCGGUUACGACUACGAGCCACCCGCCAAGGGCAUUGUAUUCUAAGUCACCACUGAGAUCUGGCGCUGAGGAUGAGCCGGGGCGAGCUUAACACAGCCACCCAGCCACUGUUCUUUCCACCUCCAACUGUCCAAGGAUAUUUACAGUUUACAACUAUAUUAUUGCUCAUAAUUUAAAUAAAGUUUCUAAGUAAA